CGAAAGGGCCACGCAGGGGAUCCUCCGCGGAGCGCAGCGGACACGCGGUCGCGGGAAGAAGGCCAGAGGUCCCAGCAGCGUUCAAGGCCGCGCAGGGUACACUCCACGUACCCCUCCCGGUUCCACGCUGCGGCCAAGAAGCCCUGCCCCCACCUCACGCGGCUCUCCCGGCGACCAAUAGAAAAGGUCCCCGGGCCCCCUCUGGGGGCGCUGCGGGCCCGCGCACGGCUUCUCAGCCAAUGGGAACGGCCGGCUUCGUUCUCGCGGCGGGGCGGGGCGGGGCGGGGCGCUGUCCCCGGACCGCGGGGGCGCCGGCGUGUACCCACGGAGUGUUUCUGUACCCACGGAGUGUUUCUGUACCCACAGAGCUUUCCUGCGAGCGUAGCCUCGGCUCCCAUCGGGCGCAGCCGACGGAUGAUGGGGCGUCUGGGUGUCCGGCGCGGCCUGGAGUGGUUGCUGGGCUUCUACUUCCUCUCCCACAUCCCCCUCACCCUGCUCGUGGAUAUGCAGGCAUUGCUGCCGCCCGAUCUCUACCCCGUCGAGCUGAGAAACCUGUGCAAGUGGUAUACCCAGGAGUUCAAAGACACUCUGCUCCAGAGCCCCCCAGCGUGGUUUAAGGCCUUCCUGUUUUGCGAGCUUGUGUUUCAGCUGCCUUUCUUUCCCUUUGCAACAUAUGCCUUUUUCAAAGGAGGCUGCAAGUGGAUCCGCACCCCUGCAAUCAUCUACUCAGUUCACACCAUGACUACUCUGAUUCCAAUCGUCUCUACAUUUCUGUUCGAGGAUUUCUCCAAAGCCAGUUGUUUCAAAGGACAAGGACCUACGACUUUCCACGAACGACUACUCCUUCUGUCCGUUUACAUCCCCUACUUUCUCAUCCCUCUCAUGCUUCUGCUUUUCAUGUUGCGGAACCCCUACUACAAGUCUGAGGAGAAAAGAAAGAAAAAAUGAGAGAAAUAACCAUGGGCCCAGUGGAAAAGUGCCCAGAGGGCGGUUUCCUGUUGGACCCAGUACCAGAAAACCUGUUCAGAACCCAUGUUUUCAGUAGUAUUUGAAACACACCAGCAGCAACACACAUGAGCAGGACACUGGCGGGGGGGCACAUCAAACCUUCACCUUCCAAGGGCGCUGGCACAGACUCAUCACCUGAGGAUGGGCAGAGGGCUGUGGGCUAGGGUAUAGGGAAGUGCCAAAGCCCUCACCGUGUCCCUGCGCUCCACUGCAGGAAUACUAAAAGCAGGAGAGACCAGAAACUAGAUAAACUUCCAAGAAACAUAUUUGGCAUCUUUGGCGUGUUCAUGAGUCAUGCGACCCACAGUACACGUGUGACUAAUCCUUUGACUCAUAAUUUGUCUCAGCACAGCACUGAUCAGCAAAAUGAAUAGUGGGACACCGCGGGCCAUUUGUAGGUUUGAAAUUAUGGCUCUGUAAUAUUCACUAAAAACUUCCUUGCCCCCAGCCCUAGGUGGGGGGAGAUAUCCUAUAAGCGGUUGAAACUUAGCUUUCCUUAAAGUUCAUACCUGGCAUGACUUUCAGAAGUGGGUCAAGCUGGAAGCUGUAUUGUUUCUCUCUUAAACAGGUCGUCCCAGAAGAGGUUCUUGUAGUCUCCUAGUUUCUCCUCUUUCCAUACCUUAUUCUAUUACUUUUUACAGACCACCGAACAUUAAGUUCCUUUAUUUCUGGUGUCUCAGACCUGAGCUGGAGUUGUGCCUCGUACGGGGUAACUUGAGCUCACCUCAUAGUUGAGUAGUUCCUUCCCGUCUUGUUCUCGAAGGGGAUGGGGACGACGGCUGGGCAUGGCAGGUGCAGCGCGUCCACACAGGUUCUCCUCACGUGCCAGGACUGGGCAUUCUGGUAGCUUGCUUUAUGCUCGAGGCCAACUUAAAAGACUUGUGAACACACAUGGGUAAUGGUACACACUGGUCCUGGUGAGCUCCCCCUUUUUGCCUGUUUUGCUGACAAACCCUAAUGGUCUGAUUGUUGGGAGUAUUGUCUGAUUUGUGUGUCUGGUCCAAAUAAAAGUAGGUGCUGACCACUGCCUGGUUUGUUUUGUGACAAGAGGCUAGAGAGUCCAGGGUUGUCUUAAAGAAAGGUUAAAUGUACACCUCAGGGGCACUAGGAGAUACAUCAAGCCAUUUGAAAACAUUAAUUUAUUGCUUUGCCUUCCAAAGCUUUGCAAAUUUACAAAAAAAACAACCCCCAAAGUUUACAGGCUGCCAGGCUGCUCAGUUCAGACUGAAAAUGCAAGAGGUGAGAACCUGGACCGCAAUGGCUGCUGGGUGUUCACCUGCAGAUACACACUGAUAUCUGGAAGAGGCUCCCCCAGAUCUGUGCUACUGCCUUCAGAGAUGCUGCAUUCCUCACACCAUCUCCCAUGACACACUUGGGUCUUUAGUCAAGUCACUGGAAUGGUACAAAUGGUACAGAGGUCUUUUUGGUUUGGGUUGUGGAGUUUUUUUCCUUUUUUUUUUUUUUUUUUUU